AUGAAGUCACCAAGGAUGAGAGUCUAUGCUAAAUCAGUGUUGCUGUCACACUGGGUCUUUCUGGCCUAUGUGUUAAUGGUGUGCUGUAAGCUGAUGUCCGCCUCGAGCCAGCACCUCCGGGGACACGCAGGUCACCACCAAAUCAAGCAAGGGACCUGUGAGGUGGUCGCUGUCCACAGGUGCUGUAACAAGAACCGCAUAGAAGAGCGAUCACAAACAGUCAAGUGCUCCUGCUUCCCAGGGCAGGUUGCCGGCACAACGCGGGCUCAGCCUUCUUGUGUUGAAGCUUCCAUCGUGAUUCAGAAAUGGUGGUGUCACAUGAAUCCUUGCUUGGAAGGAGAGGAUUGUAAAGUGCUGCCAGAUUACUCAGGUUGGUCCUGUAGCAGUGGCAAUAAAGUCAAAACUACAAAGCCUUCUGUUGGUACCUCUUACCAUGGUGCCUUUGUGGUUGCAACGGAAGGUGUUCUUCAUGGAAUGUGCUUCCCUCCUUUCUUUUCUACUUCACCAUUAUUUCUUCAGAGUCCAUCACUGAUUGGAUUCGUGUCUCCUGUAUCUCUGAGCAUUGAUUAUGGUUCUACUUUACAUGGCAGGCCUGAUCCAGAAUACGGCCCUAACUCUCUUCAGUUCUAUGAACAUACAGAAGAACAGUUUGAAGCUAGCAGAAGCUGGUUCCUGAGGUUUAACAAAGAAGAAGUGCAUUUUAUAAGGCUACAACUGCCACAGAUGGAUCUGGGCAUGCUAGAUGCCAUCAAGAACAUCGCUGAUUCAUGGGAAGAGGUCAAAAUUAACAGGCGUUUGGAAGAACUUGAUUUUAACAUGCAUGGACAACUCUGA